AGGAACGAUAUGAAAGAAUGGAGGUCCACAAAUUUACAAAAUGUGCAUUUUAAUAAUAAUUAUAAUAUGAUAACGUCUUUAAGUUAUAUCAAAUUUUCGAGUUAUCAGAUAAUAUCGCUAAGAAUUAAUAGGUCCUUUUAGAGUCCGGAUAACAUUUUUAUAAAUUUCGUUUCGAUUAAAGAAUGCAUAACUAUUUUACAUUUCAAUAUCUACUACUUAGUGAAUAAGUAAUUUAUGAUCUCAUUAAUUCGUUGUAACAAUAUUUUAAUCAUAAUUAAUUAGUACAGUGUUGGAAAAUAAUUAUUUACAACAAUGAUUCAUAGUUUAUUUAUUAUAAACUCGGCUUGUGAUGUGUUCAUUGAAAAACAUUGGAAAAGUAUUAUUUCACGAUCAGUAUGUGAUUAUUUUUUUGAUCAACAUAGGAAAGCUAUCAAUCCAGAAGACAUUCCUCCAGUUAUAGCUACACCACAUCAUUAUCUGAUCAGUAUCUACCGAUGUGGUCUUUAUUUUGUUGCUGUUUGCAUGACUGAAGUACCACCAUUAUUUGUCAUUGAAUUUCUUCACAGAGUAGUUGAUACAUUUGAGGAUUACUUUUCAGAAUGUUCUGAAAAUGUUGUAAAAGACAAUUAUGUAGUUGUAUAUGAACUUUUGGAUGAAAUGUUAGAUAAUGGUUUCCCAUUAGCUACGGAAUCAAACAUUCUAAAAGAGCUUAUUAAACCUCCAAAUAUUCUGCGGACAAUUGCUAAUUCUGUCACAGGAAAAUCAAAUGUUAGUGCUAUAUUACCAAGUGGUCAGUUAUCCAAUGUUCCAUGGAGAAGAUCAGGUGUAAAGUAUACAAAUAAUGAAGCUUACUUUGAUGUAAUAGAAGAAGUAGACGCUAUUAUUGAUAAAGGUGGAGCUACAGUAUUUGCUGAAAUUCAAGGAUAUAUUGAUUGCAGCAUUAAACUAACUGGCAUGCCAGACCUCUCAUUAUCAUUCAUGAAUCCUCGACUUUUUGAUGAUGUGAGCUUCCAUCCAUGUGUUAGGUUUAAAAGAUGGGAGUCAGAAAGAAUUUUAUCAUUCAUUCCUCCAGAUGGUAAUUUCCGUUUAAUGUCAUACCAUAUUGGGUCACAAGGAAUAGUGGCCAUUCCAAUUUAUAUACGACACACACUUGCAUUAAAAGAAACUACUACUGGUAGUGGUCGUCUUGAUAUUACUGUUGGACCAAAACAAACAUUAGGAAGAACAAUUGAAAAUGUAGUAAUAGAGGUACCUAUGCCAAAAAGUGUAUUAAAUUGUACACUUAUUCCCAAUCAGGGUAAACAUUCAUUUGAUCCAGUUUCUAAAGUAUUGACAUGGGAAGUUGGACGAAUUGAAACUACUAAGCUUCCAAAUAUAAGAGGAACUAUAAGUCUACCAGUCAGUCCAGUUGUUACGGAUUCAAAUCCAGUUAUUAAUGUAAAAUUUACCAUAAAUCAAUUAGCAUUAUCUGGAUUAAAAGUUAAUCGCCUUGAUAUGUAUGGAGAAAAAUACAAGCCGUUUAAAGGCGUUAAAUACAUUACAAAAGCAGGAAAAUUUCAAGUUAGGAUGUAAUUUGUACACCAAUGAAAUAUAUUUUUUUAUGCAAAUAUUUGUAUAUUUGUGUUUUUAAAAAUUAAGUAUAUAAAAACAUAUUAUACUG